AUGGCGUUGCUAGGAGCUCCCCACCGGGGAGGCAAGGCUGGGCGAGAAGGAGGGGGUUCGCAGGAAAUGCCGGCCGAGCUGGAAGGGCGCCGUGCAUUUCCUAAGGAGGCACAUGCCUUAGGCUUGUCUUCCUGUUGGUGUUUCCUGGCUGCUCCUGGCUCCCACUUCCGGAAACAAGCCAGCAUCCAUCCUGGUCCUGCCCUGCACCCCCCCCCUUUCUGCCCCACCGAGGGCUGGGGCGCUGGUCCCGAGCUGUGGCCUGAGGCUGCUCAUCGCUCCCGCUGCCCCGGAAGGGACCCCGUAGCCACGGCCCAGAAACACUCGGGUUCUCUCGGUUUCAGUGUGGGUGAGCAGCCGCCCGAGGCGAAGAACAGUCUUCAGAGAAUGGGCUCCUCCGAGUCAACAGAUUCAGGCUUCUGUCUGGAUUCUCCUGGGCCCUUGGACAGUAAAGAAAACCGUGAAAAUCCCAUGAGGAGAAUAAAUUCCCUGCCUCUGAAGCUUCUGGGGUGCAGUCCAGCUCUGAAGAGGAGCCACUCCGAUUCCAUGGACCGUGAUGCCUUUCAGCUGAUGGACCAGGAGGAGAAUAAGGAGAACGAGGCCUUUGAGUUUAAGAAGCCAAUAAGACCCGCGUCCCGUGGCUGCCUGCGCCGUGCGGAGGGUGGAGAUCUCACCCAGAGGCAGAGCUCUGCCCCAGCCCGGAUGCUUUCCUCCAACGAAAGAGACAGCAGCGACCCAGGGAACCUCAUUCCACUCUUCAUGCCCCAGUCACCCGUGGCUGCCACUUUGUCUGAUGAAGAUGAUGGCUUCAUGGACCUUCUUGAUGGAGAGAAUCUGAAGAAUGAUGAGGAGACCUCCUCCUGCAUGGCAAGCCUCUGGACGGCCCCCCUCGUCAUGAGAAGAACUGCAAACGUGGGCAACCGAUGCCAGCUGUUUGACUCCACUCCCACGGGCAGCCCCGCCCUGCGCUCGGUGCUGAAGAGACCAGACCGAUCUCGAGAGCUGUCCCCCCCUGGAAACCCGAAGCGGAGGAAGAGCGCGCUCAGGGCCAGCCCCGGGGCGGCAGCCAGGCCCGAGGAGCCCCGGGAGAUUCUGUAUCCGUCUCCAGCCUUGGUAUCUCCCCCAAAGGGGACCAUCGAGAACAUUCUGGAUAACGACCCCAGGGACCUCAUAGGGGACUUCUCCAAGGGUUAUCUCUUCCACACAGUCGCUGGGAAGCACCAGGACCUAAAGUACAUCUCUCCAGAAAUUAUGGCAUCUGUCUUGAAUGGCAAGUUUGCCAACCUCAUUAAAGAGUUCGUCAUCAUUGACUGCCGGUACCCAUACGAAUAUGAGGGCGGCCACAUCAAGGGCGCGGUGAACCUGCACAUGGAGGACGAGGUGGAGGACUUCCUGCUCAAGAAGCCCAUCUCCCCCGCCGACGGCAAGCGCGUCAUCGUGGUGUUCCACUGCGAGUUCUCCUCCGAGCGGGGCCCGCGCAUGUGCCGCUACGUGCGAGAGAGAGAUCGGCUCAGCAACGAGUACCCCAGACUCCACUACCCUGAGCUGUACAUCCUGAAGGGCGGGUACAAGGAGUUCUUCCUGAAAUGCCAGUCGCACUGUGAGCCCCCCAGCUACCGGCCCAUGCACCACGAGGACUUUAAGGAAGACUUGAAGAAGUUUCGCACCAAGAGCCGGACCUGGGCCGGGGAAAAGAGCAAGAGGGAGAUGUACAGCCGCCUGAAGAAGCUCUGAGGCAGCGGCCGGCGGACAGCAGCGGCCGGCGCCUGCUCCACCCCCUCCCCUCUUGGCUGCGUUUGGAGAGGGGCCUGGGCUUCCUCCGAACACCUUCCCGUCACACUCCCGAGGAUGGAUCCGAGCACCCGUCCCGCAUCAGGACCGUCUCCCGAGGCUGUUGGGCCCGGUUCCGAGCACCACGUCAAGUCCAGUUCUGCCUCUUGGUCCCCACAGCUGGAGGAGCCGCUGGCCUUACUGGGCUCUUGGCCCCUCGUGAGGGGAGGGCAGGAGGGGGAGUGGAGAGAAGUAAGACCACGGAAGCGCUGCUGGCCAAACUCCAAAGACGGCCUGGGAAGGGGUUACCCAUGUCUUAAUUUAUUCAACCUCGUCAAUCACUUUAUUAUUACUUUUAACUCCUGGAGACUUAUUUAACUGCUUCUUUAAGUCACAAUACUGCCAUUUUAUCAUCCCAAGACUACCUCUGCUUUUAAUUAAGAAAAAAAAGGAGGAAGAAGAGGCAGCCAUGAGUGCGGGACAGAACCAGCUCUGUCACCCAGGAGGCACUGCGGUCCUGGGCUGCUGCUAUUAAAAGCCAAAGACUGAGAUACGGUGGGAGUGGGCACUGAACUCAGCCUUGGCGACAGGGCAUAAGCUAACCUGCCGGACCUACCUCGAAGGCCACAGAUCUGCUUGGGGGUGGCCCUGCCCUGGCCCCAGUUCCCGUGACGUUGCCUGGUCUGGGAGUCGAUCAGGAAAGCACUUCAGGCAGCCUCCACCGGGCACCCCCUGGCUCGUGUGGAACAUGGAGCGAAAGUAUCCCAAAGUGGGGGGCAGGGGUGGUGGGCUCUGGGACGGGGGAGUGCAUACUGAGUGUCUUCCUUCGGGCACUCGGGUAGCUUUGAACUUUCUAAAAGUCCUUUUAUGAGUCAAGAGAAUCAAAUCAGUGUUAGCUGGCCCACCCGAGGGGGGCAGCGGGCUGGGAGCCCGGCAUUGUGUAGGGCGUGGGUGCUGGCGUGCGGUGACUGGAAUGUUUCUCGGGCAGCAUGGUGGGUUGGAAGGUAAAACCUCCGAGUUUAUCAUGUUUUCACUGAGGGGCAGGGAGUGAUGGGCCACACCACCAGCUGCCUCCUCACCCAGCCCCACGGAAUAGGGUCCUCCGAGGAGCUCGCCCGUCCGGGGCUGGGCCGACUCGAUGGAUUCUGGACAGGCCCGUUCUGCUCCUGCUGGCCCCACCCUCAGACGCCAGCCCCUCAGCACCUCUGCUCCCUCGGGGCGCAGCCAAGUUCCUACACGAGUCAGCCCCCCUUGCCUGGCUGCCUAUUGGGGUGGGGAGGGAACCAGUGAUGCUGGCGAUGACUGGUGUGUUCAUGGGUUUGAGUUGCAUUUGACUAUAAAACAAUCUUGUUAGAAAAGUAUGGGGAGCAGGAGGGGAGACAUCCAUUGGUCUCUGAUCUUGUUCGUGGGGAUUCUGUUGGUUGAGGGCCUGGAAGGAGGUGGGUGGCCUUCAGGUUGUACGGUGUGGCCAGCCCUGCUAACCAGCCAUCACAGGCUCUAGAAUAAAACCAAUCUUGUACCCAU